UGCGCGCGGUCACGUGACGCCAUGACGUCACCGAGGUGUGAAAGCUGUUUUCACGCCGCUCCGGAUCAGCGACAAUAGAGCAGCGAAGCAGGACCCGCGGCCGCCGGCAGACAGUCCCUAACCCUCUGUUUGCGGUCAUGGAUUUAAGGACGCGAUGGCUUCGGCUCUUCCUACUUGUGUGCUCCGUGCACACCUGCCUGUCCCAGAAAGAGGACAGAGGUUUUACUGGUACAGAGACCGACGACGGGGUGUGGGUCAGCUCCCAAGCCAGAAAGGUCCUGAGCAGCCGUCUCACAACCGUCUUCCUCCCAAUCAUCUACAUCAUCGUGUUCCUCGUGGGGCUGCCCACCAACGCCAUGGCAAUCUGGGUUUUCCUCUUCAGGACCAAGAAGAAGCACCCGUCAUCGAUCUACAUGGCCAACCUGGCUCUGGCCGACCUGCUCUUUGUCAUCUGGGUCCCCUUGAAAAUAGCGUACCACUUCAACGGCAACAACUGGAUCUACGGAGAGGGUCUGUGCAAAGUGCUGGUGGCCUUUUUCUACGGCAACAUGUACUGCUCCAUCGCCUUCAUCGCCUGUAUAAGUGUCCAGCGUUACUGGGCUGUGGUCCACCCGCUGUCCCGGCAGCAGAGGAGCAACUGUGUGGCUGUUUCCGUCUCCGUCACAGUCUGGGUGGUGGUCUGGCUUGUCACCAUCCCCCUCUACCUGUAUGAUCAAGAGGUCCGUGUAACAAAUCUCAACAUCCUAACCUGUCAUGACGUGACCAGGCCCAGCCAGAAGAAAAUAGCGGCGGGCUACUUCCUGACGAUGGGAACACUGGGGUUUGUAGUCCCCACCGUCGUGUGCAUCGUAUCCUACGUCCUCAUGCUCAAGGCUCUGAGGAACAGCAUGGCGGAUCCAGCCAUCGCCAGGAAGCGACGAAAGGCUGUGGUCUUGAUCAUCACCGUGUUGGUCAUGUUUUUGGUGUGCUUCACCCCCAGUAACAUCAUGCUGCUGGUGCACUACAUCCUCCUGUUGGGGGAGGCCCCCAACAACCUGUACGGGUUCUACAUCACCACCCUGUGCGUGGCGAGCCUCAACAGCUGUUUCGACCCUUUUGUUUACUACUUCAUCUCCGAGGAUUUCAGGGAGCACGUGAAGAACACGUUCCUCUGCAGGAGCGAGAGGACAGUGGAGAGGAUGAGGGUCUCCUUCAGCGCUCUGAAGUUCUCCAAGAAGAGCAACGUAUAUUCGUCUGACACGGGGAACACGCAGAGCACUGACUGUUAAUGAAGCGUUGUGGGUUUUUUAAGCUUAUUCCUGAUCAUGAAACUAAGUUAAAAUGUUUUUCUUUUUUAAUUCUUCCGUGACCCCUUCCUUCUGUGUGGAAGAAGCUUUGAGAGUCUCAGAAUCUGCUUUUUUUUAAUUGUCGUAAAUAAAUUCUAUUUUUAUAUCUUUGAUAAUACAACUCUUCUUUUAAUUUAAAGCACCUUGCUUGACAGUUUUAUUUGAUUUCAUUGGGAUAUGAAUGAUCGCCUUUUGUGAUUUUUAAGGUGUCUGAUCUUGUAGUCCGUGCUGUGAUUUGGUUGAGAUGAACUCUGUCAGCUUUUUGAUGUGGUGAAACUAAAAUGGGCAAAAUCCGCCAUGUUGUAGGAUACACGAUACAAGCUUUAAAUAUGUGUAUAUAUCUUGUAUGUGUUUUUUAAAGUAAACAUUUUUACUUGUAUAACUACCUUUUUUAAAGUUUGCCAAUAAAAGUAACCGGCCAACAUCCUGUAUUUCCACCCA